UGCGUGAUAGCUGCUCGUUUCGUGAUUGUGUAAGAGAUGAUCGCGCUGAUUGCGGCACUUUAGAAGACAUCUGGACACUUGGCGUGCAUCUCGUCGCAAUUCUCACCCAAGUGAUUUUUCAUACUUAAUUUGAUGCUGAUAUCCUAUGUUGUAUCAAAGAUGAUGAACUCGGAUAUCGCAGAAAUAUUGCAUCGGCCAAUCAGAAGUCUGUCAUUUCCUGAAAACAGUAACAUGGGUAUCUUCGUCGCUAUCGCAGUACCGCUCGAAAAUCCGCUGAGUUCUAUCUCCCUGUCGUACUUCUUCGAAGCUAACUACGUUCUACCACCGAACAUAACGUACUUUGAGCCCUGGACGGAGCUAAAAAGGAAAAAGCGGACUAUCGACAGAGCCACGAUCUAUCGAGUUCUGGAAAGUAAAUUCGAGAGCUCCGGGAAUCCCGGAAGAGAGUGCCUUCUGAGAGCGAUCUGCGAAACCUCGGAAUAUCCGCUUCGGCACAACGGAAUCAUCGGCGACAUAAUGCACGUGAUUUUCACUCCUAGCGCGUCGAGGCACGAAGAAUUGCCGCAAGAUGUUGUCGAGGCCGAGCUAGUCGGCCGCAAUGGAAACUGCUCCAAGUACCAACCGCAAUGUCCGCAGGGACUCUUCGACUUGAUUGGAGUCCUCGCGUGAACUCUGAAAAAUCGUCGCCAAGUUUACCGUGUGGUUUUCGAGAAACAAACAAACAGUCUAAUUGCGCCGCUAUUGAAAAGCUACGUCCACAUGUUGUCAAACGUGAAUGUAAUAUGUUUCUGUAGUUUCGACAGUCUCGUUGAUUCGAUCUAUUAGAUAGAGAGAGAUGUGUAUUGACAGA